AAAGGCAGGGGGAAGUUUUGUUACUCUCGUGAACCGCAGGGAGGCUGCUCUGGGGUGUGUGUGCCGGAGUUCCUCGCUCCCGGCCCCGGAGGAAGGUGUGGAGCUGCCGGCAGGAGGAUGCCUGCACCUCUGGGGAUGGAGUGAAGGAUCACCCUGCCUGCUUCGGGAAAAGCCCCUGGGAGGUGAGAUUCUCCUGCCAGAAGAGCACUCCUCCUUUUUCCUUCCCCUUGCCAAGGGCAGGAUUUCACAGUGCCUUGGGAAGGGGGUCGCAGCUCUGGAGCAGCUCAGCCCACGUGGGGCUGUGCUUCGGGGCACAGCCCAGGUCUCGUGAGUCCCCAGGUCCUCGAGAUUUGUCAGGAAGCAAAUCCCAGAAGGAAAAGUCACUUCAGCGCAUUUCACUGCGAGCAAACGAGCAUGAGAAGCCAGGUUUGGUCUGGGGGAAAACCCAGCUGCAACCUGCACUGUAAUUUGCAACGAAGUGAAGAAACCCGCUGAGCGGAACCCGAGAGGGAGGAAGCAUCCAGGAAUGGUAAAUCCGCUCUCCCCCUGCGAGGACUCCCCCGUGCUCCGAUAGCUUUGUCCUUUGCGAGGAGAGGCACCGGCAAGUUGGGAGCAGGAGGCAGCAGGAGCCUGGGAGGAGGAGGAACCGGCCAGCCGUGCUGGAGGAGGCGGUGGGAUUCCCGGGACCACCGCUGGAAGCACCUGGAGGGAGAGGAGCGGCUGCGAUGGAGUUUCCUGCAGUGGCACUGUCACUCAUCUUGGCGCUGCGAAUGUCUCCGCUGGCUGCUGGGAGCAAACUGCAGCCCCACAUGCCGAACGUCUGCGCGGAGCAGGAGCUGGGGGUCGUGGGGCUGCGGCAGCCGUGUGUGCAGGCCCUGACCCGCGCGGUCAGGGUGUGGAAGCAGGACUGCGGGGGCCGCCGCUGGUGCACGGGCUACGAGCGCAGGGUUGUGUAUUACACGGGCUACAGGCAGGUGUACCAGCUGAGGUCCCAGACCACGUACAGGUGCUGCCCAGGGUGGUCUCAGCUCGCAGGGGAUGCCGGCUGCCUGCACCAUGUUGACGAGUGCCAGGUCCACAACGGGGGCUGCCAGCACCGCUGUGUGAACACCCUGGGCUCCUACUACUGCGAGUGCCGGCCCGGCUUCCGCCUGCACACGGACGGCAGGACCUGCCUCGCUCUGAACUCGUGUGCCCUGAACAACGGUGGCUGUGAGCACGACUGCGUGCAGGUGACGCUGGCCCAGCACCGCUGCCAGUGCCGGCACAACCACCAGCUGCACGAGGAUGGCAAACGCUGCGUCCUGAGGAACCCGUGCGCUGACAGGAACGGGGGCUGCAUGCACCGCUGCCACAGCCACCGCGGCCGCGCCCGCUGCGACUGCCACCCCGGCUACCAGCUGGCCUCUGACGGCAAGGCCUGCGAAGAUGUGAACGAGUGCCUGACGGGGCUGGCCAUGUGUGCCCACCAGUGCCUCAACACCCGGGGCUCCUUCAAGUGCACCUGUAACCCGGGCUACGAGCUGGGGGCGGAUGGCAAGCGCUGCUACCGGAUAGAGAUGGAGAUUGUGAACAGCUGUGAAGCAAACAACGGGGGCUGCUCCCACAUGUGCCACCACACCAGCUCUGGCCCAGUCUGCACCUGUAACUUCGGCUUUCGGCUGGAAGAGGAUCAGAAGUCGUGCACUGAUAUCAACGAGUGUGACGCUGGUUCUCACUGUUGUCAGCAAGACUGUUACAAUUACCCUGGGGGCUACGAGUGCUCCUGCCAUGCCGGCUACAGGCUCGGCACGGACGGCUGCGGCUGUGACGAUGUGGAUGAGUGCUCUGCAAACAACGGGGGAUGUGAACACACGUGCCAGAACCAGCCAGGGUCGUUCCAGUGUGGCUGUGACAUUGGGCACAAGCUGGACGAAGACAGAAGGAGCUGCAUCUCCAUAGAGGACACGGUGGAGGCUCUGGAUGGCCGGCGCCCCGUCAUCCGCCCCAUCCCUCACGUCGCCAUCCUGCGAGAUGAAUUCACCCAGCUCUUCAAUGACGACUACGAGGAAGAGGAGGAAGAGAUGGAAGCACGAGGGGAGCACACGCUGUCAGAGAAAUUCGUCUGCCUGGAGCACACGUUUGGCCCCGACUGCAGCCUGACCUGUGACGACUGCCAGAAUGGAGCCACCUGCAACGCCGAGGGCAGCGGCUGCCACUGCCCGGCCGGCUGGACUGGCGUGCUCUGCAACCAGACUUGCCCGGCCGGCACCUUCGGCAGCAACUGCAGCCAGAGCUGCCGGUGCCAGAACGGUGGCACCUGUGACCCUGCCACCGGCGCCUGCCGCUGCCCGCCCGGCGUGGCCGGAGAGCUCUGCCAGGACGGGUGCCCUAAGGGAUUUUUCGGGAAGCACUGCAGGAAAAAGUGCAACUGUGCCAACCGGGGUCACUGCCAUCGGAUUUAUGGUGCCUGUCUGUGCGAUCCCGGCUUGUACGGCCGGUUCUGCCACCUGGCGUGCCCCAAGUGGGCAUUCGGAGCCGGCUGCUCGGAGGAGUGCCAGUGCGUGCAGCGCAACUCGCGGGACUGCGACGCCAGGGACGGCUCCUGCCGCUGCAAACCCGGCUACCGCGGCCAGCGCUGCGAGCACAGCUGUGACCCUGGAUACCACGGGGAUGGCUGCAAGAAGAAGUGUAGCUGCUCGCCAGGAGUGCCCUGUGACCCUGUCACCGGGGAGUGUCACAAGGAGUGUCCCCCAGGCUACCACGGGGAGCACUGCGACCAAGAGUGCCCUGAGGGGACAUUUGGGGCAGGCUGUCGGCAUCCCUGUGCCUGUGGAGGAGCAUCCUGUGACCGGAGCACGGGGCAGUGCCACUGCCCACCCGGCCGGAUGGGACACGACUGCGCCCAAGCUUGCCCUGAGGGUCUCUGGGGACCGGGCUGCCAGGAGAUCUGCCCCGACUGUGCCAACAACGCUAGCUGUGACCCUGCCACCGGAGCCUGUCUGUGCCCACCCGGCUACACCGGCCAGCGCUGCCAGGAUGUGUGUCCACCCGGCUGGUUCGGCCCCAACUGCCAGCUGAGCUGCAGCUGUGGGAACGAGGGACAUUGCCAUCCGGUGACCGGGACGUGCAGCUGCCCGCCCGGCUGGACGGGGCACCACUGCCAGCGAGCCUGUGACCUGGGCCACUGGGGCCCCGACUGUGCCCACACCUGCAACUGCAGCAACAGCGACGGCAGCUGCAGCGCCGAGAGCGGGCAGUGCCUGUGCGAGGCCGGGUACACGGGCAGCCACUGCGAGCAGAAGUGCCCGGAAGGGUGGUUUGGGCUGAGCUGUCGGCACCAGUGUCAGUGUGACAACGGAGCAACCUGUGACCACGUCAGCGGGGCCUGUACCUGCGGCCCGGGCUGGCGGGGAACCUUCUGUGAGCAUGCCUGCCCGGAUGGAUUUUAUGGACUGGAGUGUCGGCAGGCCUGUGACUGCCUGAAUGGUGCCCACUGUGACCCUGUGACGGGACAGUGCCAGUGUCCCCCCGGCUGGACCGGCCCCCGCUGUGCCCAGGCAUGCCAGGAGAACAGGUACGGCCAGGACUGCAGCCAGACCUGCCACUGCUUCAACAACGCCUCUUGCAGCCACAUCAGCGGCCGCUGCCUCUGCUCAGAGGGGUGGACGGGACCCACCUGCCAGCAAGCCUGCCCGGCGGGUUUUUACGGGAAGAACUGCCAGCAGCGCUGCCUCUGCCAGCACGGCGGCACCUGUGACCCGGCCACGGGGGCCUGUGCUUGCCCUGCGGGCUGGACCGGGCUGGCCUGCGAGCUGGCCUGUGCCCAGGGGCAGCACGGCCUGGACUGCCAGCAGCGCUGCGAGUGCCAGCACGGGGGGCUCUGUGACCGCCAGACGGGGCACUGCUUCUGCCAGCCCGGCUGGACCGGCGACAAGUGCGAGAGACCUUGUCCAGAGGGGCUGUUUGGGGCACGCUGUGAGGAGCUCUGUGACUGUGGGGACAACGUCUCAUGCCACCACAUCACUGGUGCUUGCGAUUGCCCCCGUGGCUGGAGGGGCCGGCGCUGCGAGAAGGCUUGCCUGCCAGGCUUCUUUGGGAAGAACUGUGCCAGCCGCUGCGCCUGUCCCCUGGGAGUGCCCUGCCACCAUGUCAGCGGCCAGUGCAGCUGCCCGCCGGGACUGACCGGCUCUGGAUGUGAAAAAUCCUGCCUGCCAGGGACCUUCGGGGAGGGCUGUGCUCAGAUCUGCCAGUGUGCUGGAGCCACCCAGGAGUGUCACCCUGUCACCGGGGCCUGUGUCUGCCCCCCCGGCUUCCACGGUCCCACCUGCCAGCUGGAGUGCUCCCCGGGGUGGUACGGCCGUGACUGUGAGAGGCUGUGCCAGUGCAAGAACGGGGGCCAGUGUGACACUGCCACGGGGAUGUGCCACUGUCCGGCAGGCUUCAUCGGCGCUGACUGCGGCAUCGGAUGCCCCGCUGGCCGCUACGGCCAGGACUGUGCAGGGCUGUGCUCCUGCGGGGCCGGUGUUCCCUGUGACCCCGUCACCGGAGACUGUGUGUGCCCUCCAGGCAGAGCUGGCCCCAUGUGUGAGCAAGGUUGUGAGAAGCACCGGUACGGGGUGGGCUGCCAGCAGCCCUGCUCCUGCCACAACGGGGGGCUCUGUGACGCCGCCGAUGGCUCCUGCUCGUGUGCGCCGGGCUGGACGGGGAAAUCCUGCGAAUUAGAAUGCCCUCCGGGAAGGUUCGGUGCCGCCUGCCAGCUGCGCUGCUCCUGCCUGCACAACGCCAGCUGCGACCCGGCCACGGGGACCUGCCGCUGUCCCGCCGGCCACUACGGGCCCCUGUGCGAGCACAGCUGUCCCCCGGGUUUCCACGGAGCGGGCUGCCGGGAGCGCUGCGACUGCGAGCACGGCGCCGGCUGUGACCCCGCCACCGGGCGCUGCCGCUGUCCCCCUGGGCUGCGGGGCGAGCGCUGUCACACAGGCUGCAAGGAAGGCACCUACGGCGAGGGCUGCCAGCGGCUCUGUGACUGCCCCAGCGAUGUCCCCUGCGACCCGGCCACGGGGCGCUGCCUGUGCCCCCCGGGCAAAACCGGCCCCACGUGUGCUGCAGACUGCCGGCCCACCCAGUUCGGCCCCGACUGCCGCCUGGCCUGCCAGUGUGCCCCCAGCAGCUCCUACUGCAACGCCAGGAACGGGCAGUGCCUCUGCCUGAACGGCCACACGGGACCCACAUGCCGGGAAGCCACUCAGUCCCUGCCACCCACCAGGCCACCACCACCCCCGGAGGGGCUCCGGCCAGCAGAGAAGUAGGUCCUGCUCCGGGGAGCACUCCCUGGGUUUAACCAAGCAGCCACCUGAAGAAGCCAAUGACCUGUAAUGAACUCAUUUAUGAGCCACAUGAGCAGCUCCUGUCUCCUGGCAACCCCAGCUGCUGCUUUUGGGGUGGUCUGAUCGAGGCCGAAGCGCCCAGUAUAACCAGUUCACUGUGCCAGCGCGGGCUGGCCGUGAGGACACGUGUGCCUACACCGGUGCAUGCCUUUGGCCAGAGACCAGAGGACCAGCUCAGAAGGGAUCAGUUCUGGCCAGGGGACAGUGGACUUUGACAGCUCGUGACACAUUGCUGGCCUUCAUCUUUUGGGUGCUGGGCUUGGGGAGGGCGCUGCAAUCAUGGUCCAAAUCAGGUAUUCAUGCAUAAAUAUUUAUGGGAAGCUGCACCACGGUGCUGUCAGGACUGAUGGCCGACAGUGCCCGGCUCUCCUGAGACUGGGCCUCCUGUGGAUGCGCCACUUCACUUGAAUUUUUUUUUUAAAUUUGAAUUUUCCGUGGUGUUUUACUGUAAAUGACUGUUUGCCAGGGGAAAACAUGCUGGGCUCCAGCACUCAGCUGCAGAGCUGGUGCCUCCUUGCUGACAGCACACGCUGUGCUGGAUGAGCUUGGUGGGGGCCUGGAGUCUGUUCUUCAUGCCAGCAGUUUGUGAGCCCAUGGACCAGGAGUUUGUCAGCCCAUGGCAUUGCCCAUGUCACUUAUUCCAAGAAAAAGGAAGCCUAAAUCAAGUGUGGCAAUCAGAGACACUGCGUGGAUGUGGACAAAGCUCUCGCACAUAUGGUCAAUGCAAAUCCCAGUUGGAAUGUCCUCGCCCAGCCCUGAGCCCUGAGUUUGCCAUUCCAGUCAUAGCCAGGAGCUGGCCACCUGCAGCAGCGGGGAAUGUCACCACUCCAAUGUCACCACAUCGGCCUGGCCAGGGCCCAGGGCCCCCUUUGUUUGCACAAAGCUCUUGGGCAGGUGAAACCUGAGAGCCGACACCGCCAGAGGAAUCCCAGCUCUGCAGAGGAGAGGGACAGCCCUGUCCCCUCCCCAUUACAUCCCGUCCCAUCCCACCCCAUCCC